CAAAUCCAAAUUCUCCAUCACAAAACACAUUUGACUUCUCCAACAGCAUCAAGAAGUCUACAUCAUCCAAAAAUGGCACUCCAACACACCUCGAUGGGCUUCGCCGUGAUUCUCGCCACCGCCCUUUUGGCGGGCAUGGCGACGGCCCAAUCCAGCGACUGCACAAAUGUUCUCAUCAGCAUGUCUCCGUGCCUCAACUACAUCUCUGGAAACUCGUCCUCCCCCUCCUCCGGGUGCUGCACACAGCUGCGCACGGUCGUGGGAUCCCAGCCCCAGUGUUUGUGUGAGGUUCUCAAUGGCGGUGGCUCCAACCUCGGCCUCAACAUUAACCAAACUCAGGCUUUGGCCUUGCCAGGCGCAUGCAACGUCGAAACUCCCCCUCUCACCCGAUGCAACGCUGCCUCCCCUGCUGGCUCUCCCGACUCAGCACCGGAUUCUCCCAACACCGGCUCAGGGGAUGGAUCUAAGACGGUGCCAAAUGGUGAUGGUUUCUCUGGAGCAACUUCAAAUAAGUUGGGUGUUACAGCUCUGUUUUGCCUUCUCUUCCUAGUGUCCAUGGCUUGAUUUCAUCCUAGUUUAAGAAUGUUGUAUGGCAUUUAUUGUUUCUGCAUUUUUAGUAGUGAUUGUUUAUUUGAUUUUGAUGCGACCUGUUUAUUGGGGUCUCAUCUGAAUUUGUAUCAUGGCUGAAGAGACUAUUUUGCCAGUUUCUUCUCUUCCGAAUAAAAAUAAUUCAUUUUGUUCUGUUUAAA